AUGCCCAGCUUAUGGGGAGACCCUCAUGACAUAGUCCAAGUUUGGUCGCACCGCCUCGUCGAGGGAAAUCAAAAUAUGUGCGCGUGGACGUACUGUCUUCAACAAUCUCUGCUGACCGUACUGUCUGCGCCAAUCUUUUUGAUAUGGGAUUGCUUCGCUGGUGGUGUCGGGUUGAAAAAUGGAUCUGGGAUGGAUGCUAUUGAAGGGAAUUCUGAGUGGAAUUGCAUUGAAGAUGGAUCUACUGAGCAAUCACUUUCUCCAGGCAUUUGUGAUGCCUGCAGAGAUCCUGAGCUGCUUCCUCGCAUUGGAGAUGAGUACCAAGUUCAAAUUCCAGCUCUUAUGACAGAAUGUGCCUUUCGGUUGCAUGUAGAGAGUCCAGCUGAUAUGAUAAUCUUGUCUGCUACUUGCCAUGAGUUUUUGGUUGGAUUGCCUAUCUCAUUAAUGUGGAUAAGUGAGGAAGUUGGGAAUAUUAAACAUGAGCCACAAGAUUAUCAUCAUGAUAUGACUGACACUUCCAAUCAGAAUGAGUCUGUAAAACCUGAAAGCAUUAGAGAGGCAAAGAUUGUUCCAGAAGUGGACUUGGAAACUAAGGUUGAGCUUAUGGAUAUUACAACAAAUAGUGGCAUAGAAGUACGAGAACCUGCAAAGUUAUGUUUUCAACCAGAAAUAAGUAAUGAAAUGCAUUGCCAACUUGGAGUUAAAGAUUACUGCUUGGUUCCGGGUUCUGUGGGCAACCCUUGGAGUGAUGCAGAGGAGGACAGUUUUCUUCUUGGUUUAUAUAUUUUUGGAAAAAAUCUUGUUCAAGUGAAGAACUUUGUUGAGAGCAAGACGCUGGGUGACAUACUCUCAUUUUAUUAUGGGAAGUUUUAUAGGACCGACAGAUACUGUAAAUGGUCAGAGUGCCGUAAAAUAAGAAGUAGAAAAUGUAUAUAUGGGCAAAGGAUUUUUACAGGAUCGAGGCAACAUGAAAUGUUAUCUCGUUUGCUUCCGCAAUUGUCAGAGGAAUGCAAAAAUAUUUUGCUUGAGGCUGCGAAGGCAUUUGGAGAGGGAAAAAUGUUGCUGGAAGAAUAUGUAUUCACUUUAAAGGUGACUGUCGGAUUGCAUGCCCUUGUAGAGGCAGUGGGAAUUGGUAAAGGAAAGCAAGAUCUCACAGGCAUUACCAUGGAGCCUCUGAAGUCCAAUCAAGUUGCUCCUGUCCGUCCAGAAAUACCAACUGGAAAAGCAUGCUCAACCCUGACACCUGUUGAAAUUAUCAACUACCUGACUGGUGGCUAUCGCUUAAGCAAAGCCCGAUCAAAUGAUCUGUUCUGGGAAGCUGUUUGGCCUCGAUUACUUGCAAGAGGUUGGCAUUCUGAGCAGCCUAAUGAUCAUGGUUUUGCUGCUGCCUCCAGGCAUUCUCUGGUCUUUCUGAUCCCUGGCAUCAAAAAGUUUUCAAGAAGGAAACUAGUGAAAGGAGACCACUAUUUUGAUUCUGUCAGUGAUGUCCUGAAUAAAGUUGCUUCGGAUCCAAUGCUUCUUGAGCUUGACAUUGGAGAAGAUAAGGGUGACGGUGGGAAGGAAGAAACUGCAUGGAGCAAUAAUUUGGACCAAGGAGAUUUUCCUGGUCAACAACGCCAUUGUUACCUCAAACCUAGAACUCCAAGCCGCGCUUCAGAUUCCAUGAUGUUUACUGUUGUUGAUACAAGUCUUGCCAAUGGGGAAACAAAAAAGAUGAGAGAACUGAGGAGCUUACCAGUCGGAUUGAUGAACAUAUCCACCUCCAGAAGUGAUUCUGAAGAUAGUGAUGAUGAUUCUUCUAAGAAGUCAACUGAUGAAUCUGAUUCUUCUGGUAACUUGUGUUCUGAUAGGAAUAAGACUACCAUGAAAAAAACCAAAAAGAAUGAUUUGAACAAGGGAGUAUUUUCUGAAAGGGAAAGUGUUGAAUAUAAUGCUUUAAAGCAGAGUUUCCCUAUAAACGGUUCAGGUUUUGCCAAGGCUCCUGAAAGAAUUCCCAAGGAACAGAAAGCUGAUAAAUGUGAUGAUAUGCAGACGAAAAAGGCUAUCAAGCGUCAAGCAACCCGGAGAGUAAGACCUGGUGACAGAAAACUUUUGGCCCCAGUUGCAAAACGUCAACAGAGAUUAAUUGCUUGUGACCAGACGAAGACAAGCUGUGGUGGAAUUGAUAGUCAUGGAUUAAAACAAGAUGAGCCUGGUUGUGCUGGAGAAGGUCCUAAUUUUAGAGAGGAUUUUUUCUCUCUAGUGGAUCCACCUGCAGAGAAAUUAUCAGCUACCAGUUCUUCCAGAGGCAGUCCAAAUAUUAGUGAUGAAUGCACUCUCAGCUGUAAUUCUUCUGGUACUGAACAUCCUCAUGAGAAACUUGAAUCUCGGGCACUGAUUGACCUUAACAUACCUAUACCUCAAGAUGCUGAAACGGAACCUUCAAUGAGGGAAGUGACAGAAGUACAAGAUGAUCAAGCAAGCAGGCAAAUAGAGGAUUUUGGGAUGCAAAAAAUCUCUACAGUGGUAUGUGAUUCUUCUCAGCAGCCACCUAAUAUGAACUUGCGGAGACACAGCACAAGAAACCGACCGCCAACCACUAAAGCGCUGGAAGCUCUUGCUUGUGGCUUUUUAAGCAUAAAGCAGAAGCGGAAGAGUAGAGAUGAUUUUUCUCUAGGUAACCGAAUGUCGAGGCCUUCACGACGUGCUCGUAGUAAGAUGAGAAUCACUGAAAACUUCAGUGCUGAUAUGACAGAUUUUGAAGGAAAUGAAAGAGGAAAUGGUGGGUGCAAGAGUAACAGUAACAUGCUCAGAAUGAAUGAGACCUUAAGACCCUGGAAGGCUCAGCUCUUCUCAGCUGUCAAAUACCCAAGACUUGAAUGCAGCGCUCUUCUUGCUUCGAGCUGCAACAUGCGUGAUCGCUUAUUUGAUGAUGCUUUUGAUACAAGCCAGCACAAAAGUGCAAAUGAAUCAUCUUCAAUUAGAAACAUAGAGUUUCAUGUUGAGAAGAAACAACCACAGUUACCUCCAUCAUCUGAUGGAUUAGUGGACUUGUUUAAAAGGACAAUGAGUAAUAAAACAGCAGCAGAAAUGGGUAGUGUAAAUGGUGAUCUUUCUACAGCAAGUGAAUCUUUUAGUAAUCAUGACGGAACAUCACUGGAAAAAGUAGAUUGGUCAUUCGAUUUCAAUGGUUUAAUUGACCACAUUAGGAUGUUGCCAGGAGUUCCAGCCCAAGACAAUGCUAUGUGCGCAAUUGAUAAUAUCCAAUCCCAGGUUGAGUUGCAGAAGUCUGAUUUUGAAAGCAAAAAUACUGUAUUGAAAGGCUGUGCUGUGUGGAAGAAUAGCAAGAAAGAGUAG